GACUGAGCGGUUGCGGCCGCGUUGUCGACCUCGAGCAGCAGUUGGCUUCUCCAUGUAGAACUCAGGAGUAGGAGAUUCAGAAUCGAAUCCCUUCUCCCUCCCCGCUCCUGCUUUUCGGCUUUGUGAACAACCGUAUCAUCAAAGACCAUGGCAAGCAGUGUUACCAACAAGACAGAUCCUCGCUCCAUGAACUCCCGUGUAUUCAUCGGGAAUCUCAACACUCUUGUGGUCAAGAAAUCUGAUGUGGAGGCAAUCUUCUCAAAAUAUGGCAAAAUUGUGGGUUGCUCUGUUCAUAAGGGCUUUGCCUUCGUUCAGUAUGUUAAUGAGAGAAAUGCCCGGGCUGCUGUGGCAGGAGAGGAUGGAAGAAUGAUUGCUGGCCAGGUUUUAGAUAUUAAUCUGGCUGCAGAGCCAAAAGUGAACCGAGGAAAAGCAGGUGUGAAACGAUCUGCAGCGGAGAUGUACGGCUCCUCUUUUGACUUGGACUAUGACUUUCAACGAGAUUACUAUGACAGGAUGUAUAGUUACCCGGCACGCGUUCCUCCUCCUCCUCCUCCUAUUGCUCGGGCUGUAGUUCCCUCAAAACGCCAGCGCGUAUCAGGAAACACCUCACGAAGAGGCAAAAGUGGCUUUAAUUCUAAGAGUGCACAGCGAGGAUAUUCGUCCAAGUCUGGAAAGUUGAAAGGCGAUGACCUUCAGACCAUUAAGAAGGAGUUGACCCAGAUAAAGCAAAAAGUGGAUUCUCUACUGGAAAGCCUGGAAAAAAUUGAGAAAGAACAGAGCAAACAAGGAGCUGGAGUUGAUCAAGGAUGAUGAAAAAGAGGCUGAGGAAGGAGAGGAUGACAGAGACAGCGCCAAUGGCGAGGAUGACUCUUAAGCACAUAGUGGGGUUUAGAAAUCUUGACCCAUUAUUUCUUUACCUAGGUGCUUGUCUAAGAUCAAAAUUUUCACCAGAUCCUCUCCCCUAGUAUCUUCAGCACAUGCUCACUGUUCUCCCCAUCCUUGUCCUUCCCAUGUUCAUUAAUUCAUAUUGCCCUGCGCCUAGUCCCAUUUUCACUUCCUUUGACGCUCCUAGUAGUUAAGUCUUACCCUGUAAUUUUUGCUUUUAAUUUUGAUACCUCUUUAUGACUUAACAAUAAAAAGGAUGUGUGGUUUUUAUCAACUGUCUCCAAAAUAAUCUCUUGUUAUGCAGGGAGUGCAGUUAUUUCCAUUCAUACAUGAGCUCAGUAGUUGCUUCCCUAACUGCAAAGGCAAUCGCUUUAGUUGAGUAGCACCUGAGAGCAGCUUUGAGUUAGAGGUAUGUGUGUUAUACCCCACAUAAGAGUGCUUAUGUGGGGAUGUUCAACACAAAUGUAACAAUGUAUUUUUGUGAAUGAGAGUUGGCAUGUCAAAUGCAUCCUCUAGAAAAAUUAGUGUAAUAGUCUUAAGAUUUGUUUUCUAAAGUUGAUACUGUGGGUUAUUUUUGUGAACAGCCUGAUGUUUGGGACCCUUUUUUCUCAAAAUAAACAAGUCCUUAUUAAACCAGGAA